GUAUCAUGCUUGGAAUCCUCUUUGCUGUGUUGUCUCUGGCAGCCGCAGCCUUUGGCUGUGGGGUUCCUGCCUACCCACCCUUUGUAUCUAGAGUGGUUGGAGGGGAAGACGCAAGACCUUACAGCUGGCCCUGGCAGGCCUCCCUUCAAUACAGUUCAAACGGCAAAUGGUACCACACCUGUGGAGGAACCCUCAUUGCCACCAACUGGGUGUUGACAGCUGCACACUGCAUCAGUUCUUCUCUGAAUUAUCGAGUAUUUCUUGGAAAAUACAACCUAGCAGCUACAGAAGAAGGAUCAAUUGCACUUCCUCCAGAAAAAAUCAUUGUCAAUGAGAACUGGAAUCCACAGAAUGUUGCAAAUGGGUACGACAUUGCUUUGAUCAAACUCACCAAACACGUCACCUUAAGCGACCACAUUAGGCUGGCCUGCCUCCCCCCUGCACAAAGUAUCCUAUCAUCCAACACUGCCUGCUACGUGACAGGAUGGGGAAGACUGCAGACAAACGGACCUCUUCCAGAUGACCUGCAGCAAGGCCUUUUGCUGGUGGUGGAUUAUGCAACUUGCUCCAAGCCUAGCUGGUGGGGAAGCACAGUGAAACCCACCAUGGUUUGCGCUGGUGGGGAUGGAAUCACCUCCAGUUGUAACGGUGACUCUGGUGGCCCACUGAACUGCCAAGCUGCUGACGGCAGAUGGGAAGUGCACGGUAUCGUCAGCUUUGGCUCUGCUCUUAGCUGCAAUUAUUACCACAAGCCUUCUGUCUUCACUCGGGUCUCUGCUUACAAUAGCUGGAUCCAGCAGGUUAUGGCAACCAACUAAUCCAAAGAGAACUGGAUGACAGA